AAGAAGAAGGCACGCACUGACGCGGGGUCGCCAUGGAAACCAAUGUAAACUGUAACUACCGCUGACAAACUUAACCGGGGUGAUAUUUAUCCACUUUGGGGGGAAAAUCAGGGCGUUUCAGCACCGUUUUGGUUACAUUAGGUUCUUCUCUGGGGGCUAUUCGGUUUAUUUAUCUAUUUAUUUACUUUUGGAGAAAAGUAAAUAAAUAAGAAAAAUAUGGAUGGCGAGGUGACCACAGAGAGGCCCGCGGAAAGUGGAAACACCGCCGACACUUCUGACAGAAAAGGAUCAGAUGGAAGUGUGAAAGACGGAUUUCGAGGAGGAACAAAGAACAGCCACCAGAUGCGGCCCUCGGUGCGCGAGGAAGAGCAAGCAGAGCCGAGGAUGACCAAAAAGUUCAUCAGAGACCACUGCAGGAAGAACAAACUGUACUCCACUCCCUGCCUGAAUGACACGCUGUAUCUGCACCUGAAGGGCUUCUCCGCCAUCGAGAACCUGGAGGAGUACACGGGCCUCAAGUGCCUCUGGCUGCAGAGCAACGGGCUCCGGAGGAUCGAGAACCUGGACGCCCAGACUGACCUCCGCUGCCUGUUCCUUCAGCAGAACCUCAUCCGCAGGCUGGAGAACCUGGAGCCUCUGCGGGAGCUCUGCACCCUCAACGUCUCCAACAACUACAUCCGCACCAUAGAGAACAUCUCCUGCCUCCCUCGCCUCAGCACCCUGCAGAUAGCCCACAACAAGCUGGAGAGCGCGCGGGACAUAGAGCAUCUGGGUGGGUGUCUGGCCCUCAGCGUGCUGGACCUGUCCCACAACCUCCUGCAGGACCCGGACAUCCUCUCCGUGCUGGAGGCGAUGCCCGAACUGCGCGUUCUGAAUCUGAUGGGCAACCAGGUGGUGAGGAAAAUGCCCAACUACAGGAAGACCAUGAUCGUGCGUCUCAAGCAGCUCACCUUCCUGGAUGACCGGCCCGUGUUCCCCAGGGACAGGGCGUGCGCAGAGGCGUGGGCCCAGGGGGGGCUGCAGGGGGAGCGGGAGGAGAGGGAGGCGUGGGAGACGAGGGAGAGGAGGAGAAUCCAGGAGAGCUUGGACAGCUUGGCCAGGAUUCGGGAGAAGGCCCUGGAGAGGAAACGCCUGCGAGACUGCCAAGAGAGAGGGGGCGGAGCUUGCCCUAUUCAGAUAUUAGAGAAAUGUAAGAACUGUAUCAUUGCUUCUCGUUUAGGGCAAACUGGGCCAGCCCCCACCGCAGAAGCCUUUAGUGAGGAAGACACCAGCGGGACUUUGCCGCCCCCUAAAGGAGAGUCGGUCCAAGCCUCUAUGCAGGACAGCCUGGCUGCUCACGAAGAUCUUGGUCAGUGUCAAACAUCAAAACAGCCGGCAGCGCAGGUAGAACACCUGGAGGGAGACCAGCUCGGUGAAGAAAGUGACGAUGAGGUCAAGGAGAAGGUAGGGGAGAGGCCGCAGACAGACGUGGGAGAAGAAGAGCACACGUUGGUGAAGGAGAGCACAGAGAAGGAGCCUCCUGUGCAGGUGUGGCCCGUUCUUCCAGCAGCCCAGCGUGGAUCGCCACACGGUCCUGGGCCGCUGGUUACCGAGCUGGAGGAUGAAGAGCAGCUGGACAUCGUUCACCUCCCCAUCAGCCGAUCGCUGCGCAUCGACGAGCUGCCCGACCUGGAGGAGGCGGACGCAGGCGUCGCCGGAUGGUGCCAUCGGCAGGUCUUCAAACCAAAAAUAGAAGACAUGUCGGGGGGCAGCGGGGAGGAGACCCCGCCGGAGAACCGGGGCGGAGGCGUCUCCAUCCUCCGUCCCAAUCAGAGGUCCUUGUUUCUGAUGGGCAGCAGGAACAAAUCAGCUAUGCUCUCUCCUGACUCCACAUGGCUGCUCCAUCCGGAGGAUGAGGAGGAUGCCACCCAGCACCCAGGGUUUAAAUCCAAGCCACCCUCCUCCGUAGAAAGCUGCCUGAUCGAGGAGCUGGACUGAUACCCGGGCUGAAUCCCUUUAACUUGGACCCGAUGCGGCCACCAGGAGGAAGCUGGAAAGGACUUCCUCUCUUUGAAGAUUAAGAGAUCACAUUAGUUUAGUUUCGCUUGCAAAUGUCUGCAAAAGUUCUUG